AUGGCUGUCAAUCCAAAAAUGCAUCCUGUUAUAGCCAUCUUAGGUGCUGGCCCAGGGAUUGGUGAAGCCGUCGCUCACCGUUUCGCUGCUGAAGGGUUCGUCGUCGCACUUCUAGCUCGCUCGGAAGCCAAGCUACAGAAUAUGGCCCAGCGCAUCGACAUUGAUUAUGGCGAGGGUACUGCAAAAUACUACCUUACUGACCUUUGCGUCGAGGAAUCCAUUAACAACAGCCUUGAUACCAUCAAGACCGAGCUAGGAUCAAUUCAGGUCCUAGUGUAUAACGCCGGAGCGCGGCGAGUUCAUGGAAGAUCGAUAAUCGACACAACAACCGAAGAAUUCGAAAACUUUACUAAAAUCAAUUUGUAUGGUGCCUUUUGGUCUACUAAGCGUGUGCUACCCGACAUGAUUACCGCAGGCAGAGGAACUAUCCUCUUUACAAGCGCUACUGGUGCACUUCGUGGCAUGCCCGGCUUAGCCAGCUUCUCGCCCGGGAAAUUUGGUUUGCGAUCUCUCUGCCAGAUAAUUACCCGAGAGUAUCAGUCUAAAGGAAUUCAUGCGGCACACAUAAUCGUCGAUGGGCCGGUAGAUGGCGAUCUCAUUGGUGGAGUAGCCAGGAGGCGAUGGGAGCAAGCAGGAGAAGAAGAGAAACUGCGAAAUAUUGAUGCAUAUCUGGUACAGCCUACGGACUUGGCCCAGAUAUAUUGGUUUCUACAUACGCAGCCGAGAAGCGCGUGGACACACGAAUUAGAUGCCAGAUCCCAGAAUGAAGCCAUGUAUUCUAAGAUAUGA